AUGGCGGAGAACAGCGAUGCGAAGCCGUCGGCGGCGAGUGCCGCCAAUGUGUCCGUCGACGACACCGACAGGAUCCCCCGGAUCAAGCGGCUGCCCGCGAGGAACUUCGACGAGCUCGAAAAUGAGAGCAAGAAGCACAGCGGCGCCCCCGCUGUCUCCUCGGAUCCUGCGCCGCCGAAGGAUGUGCUCCUGCUGAAGCAGGAGGACCCGGAAUCGAGCCCCGUCCCCAUCAAGCUGGUGGCGCUGCCGCCGAAAGACACGGUGAAGGUGAAGACGGAGCCGCGGGAGAAGCUCGCCAUCACCGAGGACAUCGUAGAGCCGAUCGACCGGUGGUGGGAGAAGGUAGACAAGGACUUCGACAUCGAGAAGAUCCUCAAGUACGAGAACCAGAGCAGCCACUGGGACUACCUGGAGCACAACGGCAUGAUAUUCACCCCCGAAUACCAGCCGCACGGCAUCCCGAUCAAGUUCAAGGGCGAGGUCGUGCCGCUGACGCCGGACCUGGAGGAGGUGGCGACUUUCUGGGCGCAGUCCAUCGGCACGCCCUACGAGGAGAGCGACAUCUACAAGCGCAACUUCUGGGAGACCUUCGUGGGCAUGCUGCCCAAGGGGCACGUGAUCCGCUCCCGCCGCGGCCGCCUGACGGACUGCGACUUCUCGGACAUCAAGGCGCACCUCGAGGCUGAGAAGGAGAAGAAGAAGGAGAACAAGGAGUACUACAAGGCGCUGAAGGAGGAGACGGCCAAGAGGGAGCACCGUUACGGCUACGCGCUGGUGGACUGGAUCCGCGAAAAGGUGAGCUCCAACCGGAUGGAGCCCCCGGGGCUGUUCAAGGGCCGCGGGCUGCACCCGAAGCAGGGCCUGCUGAAGGCGCGCAUCUUCCCGGGCAGCGUGGUGCUGAACGUGUCGAAGGACGCGCCGGUGCCGAAGGUGGAGAUGUUCGAGCGCGACGGCCACUGCUGGUCCGACGUGUUCCACGACAGCUCGGUGACCUGGCUGGCCUACUACCGCGACUCCGUCAACGACCAGUUCAAGUACAUGUACCCCGCAGCGCAGUCCAAGUUCAAGGGGCUGCACGACUUUUUGAAGUACAACAAGGCCCGUGAACUGAAGAAACACAUCGAGACUGUCCGCAAGGACUACCACGCGAAGAUGCGGUCGUCUGACAUGGUGGAUCGCCAGCUCGGCACCGCGACCUACCUCAUCGACUUUUUGGCGCUCAGGGUUGGCGGCGAGAAGGACGCCGAGGAGGCCGACACCGUCGGCUGCUGCAGCCUGCGAGUGGAGCACAUAAAGUUCAACAGCAGGCCGAAUACCAUCACCCUCGACUUCCUGGGUAAGGACUCGAUUCGCUACUUCCAGACCGUGACCAUCGACGAGGUGGCGUGCCGAAACCUGGCCGAGUUCUGCAAGAAGAAGCCGUCGGAGGACAUAUUCGACAAGAUCAACACCUCGAAGCUGAACGACUAUCUGAAGGAGCUCAUGGCGGGCCUGACGGCCAAGGUUUUCAGGACCUACAACGCGUCAGUGACGCUGUGCCGGCAGCUGCGCAGGCUGCGCGUGCCCAAGGCGCUGGAGCGCGGCGUGCUGCUGGAGAAGGGCGGCGGCGACGAGGAGCUGGACAAGCCGGUCUCCGUCGACGUCGGCGACGUGACGGAGCUCAUCAGCUUCUACAACGAGGCCAACCGCCGCGUGGCUAUUCUGUGCAACCAUCAACGUAGCGUGCCGAAGCAGCACGAGACGUCGAUGUCCAAGAUGCAGGCGCAGGCGGAGUCCAUCGAGGAGGACAUCGCCGAGCUCAAGGCCUAUAUUAAGUACCUGGAGGGCAAGCAGGACAAGCCGUUCAGCUUCAAGUCCAAGGCGGUCGACGCGAAGGGCAACCCACGCAAGCCCGCGACGCGCCCCGGCAUGAAGCUGGAGUCGUGCCAGCGGAAGCUGGAGGCGGCCACCAAGCGCCAAAAAACCCACGCCAUCAAGAUGCGCAUCAAGGACGACAACAAGACCGUCGCCCUGGGCACCUCCAAGAUCAACUACAUGGACCCGCGCAUCACCGUGGCGUUUUGUAAGCGGUACGAAGUGCCGAUCGAGAAAAUUUUCAACAAGAGCUUACGGACGAAGUUCCCGUGGGCCAUGUACGCUAGUGCGGACUACGUGUUUUAG